AUGGCUCUCCUAAAUUUACAAUUUUUCUCUUACGAAGUGCUCUUCUCAGCAGUGUUGCUUCUCCUAGCAAUAUAUUUAUGGUUCAAAUAUAAAUUUACAUAUUGGUCAAAGAGAGGCGUUUUUGGACCCACUCCGAUAUUUCCAUUCGGGAAUAUAGAAAAAGUUAUUAGGAGGAAGGAACAGUUCUUUCAGCCGUUUUGUGAUAACUAUAACCGAUAUAAAAAUUUACCUUACGUUGGAAUGUACUGUUUUAACAAACCUGUACUGAGUAUUAACGAUCCUGAAUUGGCUAAACAUAUACUCAUUAAGGAUUUUGAACAUUUCCAAUCACAUGGUAUAUUUUCUGGAGGAGCGGGAGAUCCUUUGGCAUGCCAUCUAUUCAAUUUGCACGCUCAACCAUGGAAAACGUUGAGAUUAAAAAUGUCACCUGUUUUUUCGACUUCCAAAUUAAAGUCAAUGUAUCCGUUAGUGGAGAAAAUCGCCAAAGAAGCCCAUGAUUAUGCUGUGGAGUUACAUAUGAACAAUAAAGCGAUAAAUUUCACGGAUUUUUAUGAGAAGUAUGUAAUGGAAAUUGUUGGAAGUGUUGGUUUUGGAGUGGAGUGUAAUGGACUAAAAAAUUCACGUUCUGAAUUUUAUUUGCAUGGAAACGAAUACUUCAAUCCAACUUCUCUGUACUGGACGAUAGUGCGAACGUUAGCAUUCAUGAUGCCUGCAUUUUUCAACAAGCUAAAGUUGAAACGCAUCAAUCCGGACAUAAUAAACUUUUUCUACAACUUGGUUAAAGAAACAGUUGAAUAUAGAUUCAAAUAUUGUUAUAAGCGCAAUGAUUUCUUGCAGGCACUUAUAGAGUUGAAGGAGCAUUCUGAGAAUAGAGAGGAAACCAUAGACAAAGAGUCGCCAAACUUUACGUUCACGAUUACAGACAUAGCCGCAAAUACUAUGUUGUAUAUGUUCGCCGGUUACGAGACUUCAGCCACUACCGGACAGUUCGCAACAUACGAGCUUGCCCGCAACCCUCACAUACAGGAUCGUGCUAGGGAAGAAAUAAAGAGGGUUCUCGCAAAAUACGGCGGGGAUUGCACUUAUGAGGCGCAGAACGAAAUGGUCUACAUGAAUAUGGUACUCGACGAAACAAUGAGAAUGCACCCACCAAUGCGUGCUUUGUUCCGAAGAUGUACAAAAGACUACAAGUUGCCGAAAACGGACCUGGUCGUAGAGAAGGGCACGCAAAUAUUCGUGCCAGCGCACGCUAUACAAAUGGAUCCGGAUAUAUUUCCGGACCCGGAAACAUUCGAUCCAGAGAGAUUUUCACCAGAGAAAAAGAAGAUUAUGCAUCCUUGCCAUUGGAUGCCGUUUGGGGAAGGUCCAAGAAAAUGUUUAGGUCUCCGGCAAGGGUACAUCCAGUCAAAACUCGCUCUUGUGAAGUUAUUGCAGACAUAUGAGUUAUUGCUAGACGAACGGACGCAGGUUCCGACGAAGUUAAAAGCAGCGGCAUUAGCCUGCGCGGCGGAAGGCGGUGUGUGGAUACGGUUAAAAAAACUUGAGGACAGUGUAGACUAA